AUGACACGCCGUGUAAACAACAAGAAGCCGCACCUGAAGGCAACAAAGGUGACGCUGCCCCAGGUGACCUUCCCCCAGGUGAUGUCCCACCAGAUGACAUUCCCACAGGUGACCUUCCAUCAGGUGAGGUCCCACCAGGUGAUGUUCCCCCAGGUGACGCUCCCACAGGUGACGUUUCCCAAAGUGAUGUUCCCCCAGGUGACGCUCCCACAGGUGACGUUCCCCCAGGUGACGCUCCCCAAAGUGAUGUUCCCCCAGGUGAUGCUCCCUCAGGUGAUGCUCCCCAAGGUGACGCUCCCCCAGGUGAUGCUCCCCAAGGUGACGCUCCCCCAGGUGAUGCUCCCCGAGGUGAUGUUCCUUGAGAUGACGUUCCCCCAGAUUACCCGCCUGGCAUUAGUCGGAGGGUCCAACUCGGACAUGAUGAUCCAGCGAAUGCUAUCCUCUACCGUGACAAACAGUCUAGCCAGCAUCUUCAACUGGGCGGGAAAGGGACAGAAGAAGAGGGCCUUCAAAGACACACUAAUGCAGGACUGCAUGUUUGUGAUGUCACAGGUAAUAUUAUCCGAAAAUUAUGCGGACGAUACGCAGUUGUACUUAUCCGUAAAGCCAAAUGAAACUCAUCAGCUAAGUAAACUUGAAGCCUGCCUUAAGGAGAUAAAGGCCUGGAUGGCCACCAAUUUUCUACUAUUAAACUCAGAAAGAAUAGAAGUUAUCAUGUUCGGCCCUAAAUACCUUAGGGAAUCAGUUUCUAAUGACAUAGCUAUUCUGGAUGGCAUUACUUUGGCCCCGAGCUCCACGGUAAGGAACCUCGGAGUCAUUUUCGAUGUGGAUUUGUCCUUUACCUCCCAUAUUAAACAGAUCUCUAAAACCGCCUUUUUUCACUUGCGUAAUAUCUCAAAACUUCGGCAUAUCUUGUCUCAGAAUGAUGCAGAAAAAUUAAUCCACGCCUUCGUUACCUCCAGGUUAGACUACCGUAACUCCUUAUUAUCAGGUUGUACCAGCAAGUCGUUAAAGACUCUCCAGCUGGUCCAAAAUGCUGCUGCACGUGUGCUGACUAGAACUAGGAGAAGAGAUCAUAUUACUCCAAUAUUGGCUUCUUUACAUUGGCUUCCUGUAGAAUCUAGAGUAGAAUUUAAAACUCUUUUCCUCACCUAUAAAACUCUUGAUGGGCAGGCACCAUCUUAUCUGAAAGAGCUCAUAGUUCCUUAUCAUCCUGCCAGAGCACUGCGCUCCCAAAAUGCAGGUUUAUUGGUGGUUCCCAAAAUCUCUAAAACUAGAUCGGGAGGCAGAUCCUUCCAAUUUCAGGCUCCACGUUUGUGGAACAAUCUUCCUAUCUCAGUUCGGAGGGCAGAUUCACUCUCUAUCUUUAAGAGUAGACUUAAAACUUUCCUUUUUGACAAAGCUUAUAGUUAG